GGCACCCGUCGUCGCGCUUUCGUCGUCGCCGUGCACCGUCGUCGCCGUCGUCCUCAUCGACGCCGCCAUCGAGUCAGUUUUGGCGGCGGCCUUGGUAAGGAGCCACAGCGCGCGCUCUCCGACCCCGCGAGGAACAGGAAGGAGGAACAGAAGCCGAGUCUCCACCGUCCGGACAAACAAGACGAUUAUUUCACCCGCUAAGGUGUGAUAGUACAGGCGCAAUUUGAGACCAGGCGGGUGUGAUGUGGGGAAGAGCGAACAUGGCGGCAGUGACCCUUCUUCUAGGAUGGUUGUGCGUUUUCGCUCGUGCGGAAGCGGGUAAUAUCGAGGUAACGUCUGCCGACGCCGAGGCGGAGACCAUCCUGGAGCGAGCAGCCACGUGGCUGUGGAGUCAACGGGACAAGGACGCCGGAUGGGGUAACGACACGCAUCGGGUACUUCUGAUUCUCCGUUUGGCGAAUCUCUCCCGCGACGACAAUGUCGCACCGCCGGCACCGCUCGAGUUGCAGCUCACCGCCAAGCAGAUGGAACUAGAGAUCGUGCUCUCGCUUUGGAGACACAGGGAGGUCGGGUUUUCCCCGGUGCGGCUGGCGCGCUAUACUCUGGCCUUGAACGCUAUGUGCAUGGACCCGAGGCAGUUCCACGGUCACGAUCUGAUCGGCACGCUGCAGCAUCACGAGCCGCCGACCGAUUACGAGUUCGCGCUGACCACGCUCGCGGCGUGCAGCGCUCAAGCACACGUGCGGAAGCGGCAGAUUCGCCGCCUCCUGGACAUCGCGAACGCCGCGCGGGACCAUAAUGUUGACACCGUGGCGAUGGUGAUCCUGGCUCUGCAAUGCAUCGUCCAGGACCACCGACAUCGGAAUCUCCAUCACUUCGUGCGCAACCCGUCGAUGGGGCUGGCACAGCAGCAAAGGCUCGACGGCAGCUUCGGCGACCUGCACACCACCACGUUGGUGAUGCAAGCGCUGGAAGAAGUGGAGAAUGAACCAGCCGACAACUGGAACAGAUCCGCUGCCUUGGCUUGGCUGAUCAGUCAGCAACGGACAGACGGGUCCUUCCGGGGCGACGUCCGAGCCACCGCCGAAGCGAUGUUAGGGGUUGCACCGCGUGGACUCGCCAGUAUCCGAGCUCUCGACUGCGGACAAGGUCUCUCGGACAACUCGCCACCUCGUCUGACCACAAGCAAUAUUGCAGACGUCGCGACAUCGGACAACCAUAGCGAGACCGCCAUGCCGUCGUCGGCGUCGGCGGGCAACGUGAGCAAUGUGGAAGCGACGAUCGCGGGCACUGUGGCACCGAUGCUGGUGAACGUGUCGUACACCCUGUGGGUCGGUAGUAAUUUGAACGAGACGUAUAACCUGAUGGUAACCGCACCCAAGAACGAGACUUUCUACGGUGUGAUGUUGCUGGCGGCGGAAAUAUCGCCCCAUUUCCAAUUCACCGCGUCCGAAUGGCCUAACGGUCACUACGUUCACACGCUGGCCGGCUACAAGGAGGAGCCGAUGUCUUACCACUAUUGGUUGCUCUACAGACUGCCGUCGCCGCCGGAGCCUUCCUCGCCGCCCGGGAAUCAGCUGGUCGCACCUGGAGGUGUCGACGACCUGCAAAUCAGCGAAGGGGAACACUACCUCUUCUGGUACAAAAAGCUGUGAAGUGCGCGGCGAGAGGAGCGAGAAAGCAAAAUAACAAGACGUAACGAAGAGAAGGUGACACGAGGAAGACUGGGGAAGGGAGCACAACCGCGUAAGAGCAAAGCGAGAGGAAAAUAAAAAGUUGUACGAAUGAAACAGAACGAUAGAGGAGAAAGGAAGAGAGAGAGAGAGAGAGAGAGAGAGAGAGAGAGAGAUCUCGAAGCUCUAGAGCGAGAUCCAGUAUUCACUGCCAUCGCUAAUCGUCGACACGUAAGAAAAAGAAUACGCGCAAUACGAGAAGGAGGGGAUUUAGACGAAAGAGCAUAGGCAUAGGUACACGUACACAAAAAGAAAAACAGACGUACACGCGCGUGCACACACACACAGUCACACACACGCAUGCAUACGUACUAUUACACGCGGAGUUGGCAGUGAUUUUUGAAACUCUGUUCUAGUGGCUAUCUCGAAGGACCCAGGUAGAAUGAGACACUGAUCUCGAUCGAUAUUCCGAAUCGAUAUCACACACACACCACACACACACACACAUACACACAUGUACACAUACACGCAUACAUAGUCAGUUGCAUUCGUUAACAUGUUGAACGCCGCGAUAGUGCUCGGUGAUUAGACGAAAACGCGUCGAAGAAGAAGAGACGUAUUCCUGAAAUCCUAGGAAUUUUCUAGAAUUUGUUUAGAAAAUGCAUCAGACAUCUUUUAGACGACUUUAGGGAACUUCGGCGCUGCUCUGGUAUUCAUCGACGCGUUGCAGAUUCUCGUGUGAAAUACAACCAGCUUGUACGUAUAUUUAAUGAGCAACGUAUUUAGCGAGCUGACACAGCGACGGUCGACGUAUUCGUAUCGGCGAUCGCGAUUUAUUCAUGUUCGUUUCACGCAUUUGCAGCACGUUCCCGCGAUCUCGAUCGUGCGCAAGGUCGAGCCGAAGUUCGCGCGGCGUUCGACACGUUGACUACGAAGCUACGAAGCCACGUAACGUUUUCUAUGAAACUACAAUGCACAAGCAUACUUGUACUUAUCGUAAUUAAUUCGUACUCAAUAAAACCGAUUAGCCGUACCGUAAUAGCGAAUACCCGCUCCCGAUGUUCCCGUUCCGGUUGUACGCGUUGAUUUAGCGUAAGUACCCCCCCCCCCCACAACAUUAAGAGAAUAUACGACAAAUAAGUAAGUAAAUAAGCAAAUGAAUUUGGCCUGCUGCUGCUGCUGCUGCUGCUACUGCUGUUGCUGCUGCUGCUGCGACACGCUCGACGAAAGAGACAGGCUAAGGUGUAUCAUGAACAUCAUACUUUCAUUUGCACGCACGAUGUAUCGUUUUUCCGAACGGCUCGAAUGAGAUGUACGAUAUGGUUUUUUUCUUGGGGUCAAUAAAAAUAUGAAUAAACUACA